GCUCCCAGGGAGCCUCACAGACCAGACCAACACUAACACCAAGGGCAGGUGGGCAGGCCUCAGCCCUCCUCCACCACCCCAGGGCUCAGUGCAACCUCAACACAGGAGCCACCAGAUCUCCCAACACCAUGGUCCGAUACCGCGUGAGGAGCCCGAGCGAACGCCCACACGAGGAGUACAGGCAGCUGGUGAACUGGCAGGAGCAAGGACGUAAUGGCCAAGAAGAGCAGGGGCUAAGCGCAGAAGGUGGCGAGGUCUACGGGAGGACCCACCAAGGCUACUCUAGCUAUAGGCGCAGGCGCUGCUCUCGCAGGAGGCGGUACCGGAUUCACAGAAGACGGAGUCGCUCCUGCAGAAGGCGCAGAAGACGCAGCUGCCGAUACCGGAGAAGGCCUCGCAGAGAGUCCCUAGGUGCCCCCCUCAACCAGAUCUUUCUUUCCCAAAAGGCUGCAGAUCCAGGAGGAGGAGAAGAUGCAGAAGGUACUAAGCUUCCCGGGCCCCUCACCCUCUGCUGGAAGUUAAGAAAAAGUCACCUGCCCAAGAACCAGCAAGUGAGGCCAUAGCAACACCCCUACAUCAAAUGCUCAAGCCCUGAAUUGCUGCUGAGAAGCUCACAAGAUCUGAGUGAAAUGUGCCAAAGUCACCUGCCCAAG